GGUAGUUGUUGUGACGUUUGGAGAGUUCAGCAGUGUGCUGUUGUUCUCAAUUCAAUUACAUAUAUUUUGUUUAGCCCAAAAUCACAAAUAAAAAAUUAACCUGAGAAGGCUUUACAAUCUGUACACAUCCGUCACCCUCUGUCCUGGGACCUCAACUCAGAACAGGACAAACUGGAUGGACAGAAGUACAAUAGAUGCGAUGUGUACAGAAUACAUUCAAGUCCUCCCACACCUCACCGAAGGUAACGUGUCCUCAGUGAAUACUGAAGCUACAGCCGGAGGAUCCGCAUGUUAUCGUUUGGCAUUUUAGCCGGAUCCAGAGAAGGAUGCUGUACAGGUCAAGUGCAUCGUGGGUGUGUCACUAAGCAUGCCUGCGUUUAACCAUGUCGAGGUACAUUAAUGCUAAUUAUGACCACACCAAAUACCUGGCCCUUAUUUCUAUUGUUCGUGGAGGUCCAGCUUCCUGCAGCUGCAGCUUCUUCACCCACAGCGGUUUCUACGAAAGCUCUAAAUGGCCAAGAUUUGUUUUCUUUAUCUCUGUUACGUCGAAAUUGCGAAAUAAAUAAUUCAAUUAUUUCAUUAUUAAUUUAUAUAAAUUCCUAUUGUUAACUGAUACACUUAUAACUACUGGUGAUAAAUAGCUGUAGGCUAGUAGUUAAAUAACUGAUGAAUACUUAAGUACUCAGCCAAAAUCGGCUCCUAAAAAAAAGUCCCAAACUGAAUUUGUUACAGUAAGACAAGUAUAAUUCAUUACUUCCACCCUCGGUUAUAUACCGUAGCUAGCUAAUGUUAGUUUUAAAUAAAAACUGCAAAGUCUAAAUUCGAGCUUACAAUUAAUGUAUUGAUUAUUCCAUGAACAUUCCACCAAUUGACCCACUGAUAGUAGGAUAAUGAAGGUAUUUUAAUGUAACAAUGAUGUCCGAGGCUAUUUUUUAGGGCACCUGUAUCCCACAACUGAGGCGUAAUACUUUUUUUUGGUCAAACGUAAGUAUUUUGUAUCCACUUCACAGGGUAAAAGCAUUUCUACCUGAGUACUGAAAUAGAAUCUAUUAAAAAUAAUAAUUUCCACCAGAAAAUAUUCCAGACCUCCUACGAAACCAAUCCCAACAUUAACAACUAAAGUUGAUAAUUAUUGACACACAUAUGGCAAUUUAAUGUAUAAAUGGAUAGGGGAAAAGGGAAUAUUAAAAUAUAAUAGUUAAUUAAUGGCUUUGCAAAUGACUGGACAUUUCAGGGGUAAACUAAGAAUUAAUUAAGUUUUUUAAGACAUUGUUGUUUCAUUGUAGCUAUGUUACACACAUUUUUUGGAAGGUGAGAGUGAUGAAUAACUGUCUUGUGCCAAUUAUUUCUAACCUUCAAUGUUAUGUCUUCCAUGGAAAAUGUUACAGUGAAAUAAGACCACAUGGCCAACAUGUCAGAGACGGGUCUUUGUAAUCCACCAUCGGACUGUGAUGCUGGAGAAGUUACCGAUGAAGGAAAGGAAGACGUCACCGUCCUCGACACUGAUUUGUUGUCCGUGGAGCGUAAUUUGGAAAAUAGGUCGGGUUCAACUGAGGAUAUCUCGACAUGCACAGAUGACAGCGACAACUACGUCAUGUGGACAGUUUACAUUGCCCUAGCUUUCCCAAGAGAGGAAGACUCUGAUGCCCCUGACGCUCUUGGAAAGACCAACUUGGAUGUGUCUACCGUAUUGGGGAAGGUCUAUAAAGCUCAGAGCUGCUUUCAUGUGCAAUACAAGUUGUUGCCAGGUGAUCUGGAGACAUUCAAAGUGGAUAUAGUGGUUUUCGGGCCAGUAGCAAAAAUGUACAAAGAAGAUGAGUUCAAGAUUCUUAGAACGUGGAGCGAAGGAGAUCAGACAUGGGUUGGUUGGACCCAAGAUUUCAAGAUCAGAGUCGACAGGGAGCUGCUGAUGAGUUUACUUACUCAUAAGAUCACGCUCCAGAUAUGGAACGGUGGGGGCAAUAUGUCCGGCCAGGCCCGCUGUGAAAGAAUGAAACCCUUCAGACCGACACAGGUUCAGCCUGAAGAUGCAACGGACACGUGUGGUGAUAUCAAGACGAUGGUAAACAAACUGAGAUCGUUAUACGAGUCCAACACAUCUGGAAAGAACAGCGGCGAUACACUGUUUAAUUCCAAAUCAAAGAUGGGCUCAGAAACAGAAUUUCGAAAACCCACAAUUGAUGGUUUCAACCUUGAGGAUGUCAAACGAAAUGGCACCGUCUCAGCGGAAAUCAGUCCCAUUAGUUUCUUGGCAGGUGAGACCUCAUUGACUCAGCGCUUCCCAGUCUUUUCAUCUGGUGUAUUUGAGGUCAUGUGCAACAUCUCUCUGGACAGACCGCUAAUAUCUGACCAACUGAAGGCUGAACUCAAUCCACUGGUCAUCACCAUUAAGUCCGCCACCUCAAUGCCUUCAUCGCCGGUCCCUUUCCACGUCCUACAGGAAAAAUGUGUCCCUUUAUAUUGCCAGUACAAGGUCGGUGACUUGAACAUGCACAGAACAAACUGCCACAAGCACGGCAACACGAUCGACUUCAAAGACGCACACGUGAUCCUGACUGGCCUGAUGAGUCCCCAGGAGCUCAGGGAGUUCCUCUCCGGUCCACCCCUGGAGAUCGAGGUUCACGACCGAGACAUGAAGUUGGAAGGGACUCCGAAAACAGCGGCGACGUUCGGCACAGGCUCGGACGGCGGCGACCUCUUCAAACAGAAGACGGCGGUCGUGAACUCUCACGGCGUCGCGAGGCUGAACUUCUCUGAGCUGCUGCUGCUUCGGAGGAAAAGCCUCACGGCGCACUUGCAAAUCGAAUGUUGCCCUUCCCUUGACACGGAGCGGGUCAGGAAGACGAGGAGGCGGCCCAUGCCACCAGGCCAUUAUUUUAAAGCCAAUUCCCAGCUCAAGGUCGAGGUUGAGAUAUCUCGUCCGCUCCGCCUCAACGGUGACGGCUGCGCCGGUCCGUUCGGGCGCAUCGUCUACCUCUUCGGCUACAACGACUUCUCCCUGGCGACCGAGCUGAGGUCGGAGAUCCUCAGAAUCAACGCAUCGGCUUUCCAUCUGGAUCGGCGCUCGCCGGGAAACACGGAGCGGGCCCUCUCGAAUUACACCAUGAACUUCGAGCGCGCCGAGAGCCGAGAUCUGGAUUUCGUUACGGGGUUCCACGUGCUCGAUAAGACGCAGCACAUCUUUGUUCUGGAAGGGCUGAGACGUGGAGCGGUGAGGAGGCUUUGGGAGGCCGUUCCUAUGAAGCGAAGUGGGAGUGAGCAGGAGCGGGUGAUCGUCCUCUACAAUUCAGGCCUGGAUUUCUUCAGGCGCAUCUACGACUCAUUAGAUGUGGGCCUCAGACCGAUCCACUUAAAGGAGUCACUGGAGGCCAUCAUGAGACAGCCUCGGGUCUACGUUAGAGGCUCGGUCCGCCGGCCCUGCUUCCAAGCUUUGUUGAGGUUGAGCCAGCUUUGUCAAGCGAGGCAACUGAAAGAGGUGGUGCAGUGCGACCUCUUCCCCUCCGCCGACAUGAUCCUCGGCCUGAGAAAGAACUGCGGCACACAUGCCGAGCAGUGGAAGCCCAGAACCGGGGCAAACACGGAGGUGGACACGCCCACUGCGCCUGACCCGCCGAGCGGCGGCACGGGGCUCUUUGUUGGGGUCAGCCAGCCGCUCCAACCGCCCAGGGACUUUGUUCAGGAUAAUGUCAACAAGCCGCACAGGGAAAGUGAGCGGCUGCAGAAGCCGAAGGCCGCCGCGUCUGGGUUGCAACGGUCCGCGGCCGGGCCGGUACACGACGACGGCAUCCGGACCUUCAACUCGAGUGAGCGCGCCAAGGAGCAGCGCGGCGAAGCCGCGGCCCAGCUCCAGGCCGCGGGGCGGAGGUUCACUUCCAGCCAGCGGUAUCACAGCGCCACAGUGGAGCCGGGACACGGGGGGAAGAAACAGGGCUCACGCUCCACCACCGCCACCCCUCCUGUCUGGUUCCCACGCAUCAAUGAGUCCAAAGUGCACCCUCGACACCCAGAUGAGGCCCGUGUGGAAGAGCUGAGAAAGCCGUGGAGAGAAAACAUCCUACAUGGCAACACACUGAAGCCGACUCUUCCAAGAGACACGUGGGGCUGGCAGCGGCGUCACGAGGACUUUCAGCUCCACUCCAAUCCUCCGCCUCCCGUGACCGCUUACCUGGCCGGAGACCCUCUGCAGCAGGAGCAGCGCUGCGGCCAGCUGAAGAAGCAACUUCCUGGCGGCGGCACCAACCCACCAGGCGACGCCCCCCUCCCACGGUCCAAGUGUCCCAUGGGAGGAGAGGAUACAGCAGAUUCUGAAAGAUGAGCCCAUGAGCAGCCGGCCCACGAGGAGCGCUUUCCCUUUUCAGAAGUACGCAGUCUAUGCACCUUGGAGCCCACAAAGACAACCACGUGUCGACCAAUAAGCACGGCGACUCGUAUCCCGUGCCGAUGUUUUAUUAUAGCAUCAAACAUAGAAGCACUUUGAACGAAGCUCGUCGCGCCAUUUCCCCAAAAGUGUCAUCUUUAAAGCAAUUUUUAAUAAAAAAUAGUUAAGCAUC